GGCAGUUCUUUGAUGCGAAUUAUUCAACUUGGUUGGUGUAUUCGUGAAGACCACGAUAAACAAUUACAGGGCUCAGCCUAGGUUUGCAUGCAAAUUGCUUUCAUUCUCUCUGAAAAGACCAAGUGAACUGAAUGCAUUUCCCGGGAAUCACUCCAGUGAUUCUAGCUAAAAGGGCACAGUACAUUGACACAGGUACCGUUUAUUGCGAGGUAACUGCCUCACUAGUAGCAUGUUCGUAGUGUGCGAGCUUUGGCUCUUAAUACAUCUCUUAGAAGUUUUUAACUCUUGAUACAUCUCUUGGAAAGUUUCUCGAAGAUUUUGAUUUGAAAAAAAGAGGCCAUGAUGGUACAGGUCAAAACAGAGCCGAUGGAGGAGGGAGGUUCCUUGAAAAAUGAUGGCAAUCAAGUUUCCGACCGAGAGGCAGACUUUGAUCGGAAAUCAUGUCCGAAUCGUGGCAGAAUCCAGCCCCACACUCCUACCACCAGGCGAAGAAUGUCUACCAAGGGCAUUCGGAGACCCGGCUACAAACGCAGAGUCAGUGCGCCACACUCUUACGUUGAACUCAUCUCAAUGGCUAUAAAGGCCUCUCCCAGCUGCAUGCUUACACUGCGAGAGAUCCUGGCCUAUCUACAGGAACAUAAUGAGUGUUUCCAGGGUAGCUAUGUCGGCUGGAAGAACAGCGUCCGUCAUAACCUCUCCUCAAGCCGCUGCUUCGUCAAGCUGCUGCGAAACAGCAAACGCCCAUUUGGCAAAGACAACUUCUGGGCCAUGAACCCGGACUGUACCCACUGCCAGACGGCUGAGCAGACUCGACAGGGCAGCGGCACCCUACAGGCCUCACAGUCAAACGUGUCAUCUUCGCAACUUGCCCCAAGAGAGAGCGAUCUACCAGCGUAUGCCUUCAACGAAAAGUCCACCGGAAGGAAGUCCAGUCGGCAUAGCAACAGCGUUCUACCAGCGAUGCGCCAUGGUCGCGUUUGGAGUAAUGCACCAAGUCCUAUCUUUGCUGAGCAACCUGUUGAGCCAUCUUCUACUCUCCUGCCGGCUGUGACGAGAAUCUCCCCUCCCUUGGUCUGCGCUAAUCAGCCUAACAAUACUGUGCCAGCUUCCUCGACAAGUGUUGACAAUGCCGUUCAACUGCAUCCUCUAGACUUGAGCAUGCCUAUAGCGUCCAAGAAAAUCCAUGCCCACUCUCCACGCAAGUCUGCUGAAGGCAUCAAGAAUUCAAGUGGUCAACCAGACCCCCCUUCUUCACCCAGGCUCGUUAAGGUUAGCCAGCCCGAUGAAGAGAGAUGUCGCAUGCAUCACACCCUACCUAUCAGCCGCUUCUUGAAUGCCCCUGAUGGAAGGACCGAAAAAGAGAGUCAUACCGCUGGUCCUCAGUCAGUUCACCUUCAGUCCCGUGGCGUGGCCCCACACCAGUAUAAAACAUCUUCAUUUUCACCUGUGCCUCAGUAUUUCACCCGACUUCCUUCUGGAAAGGAAACCUGUGCUUGGAAUUUCCCAACGCCAGAAACAGCCAACCCCUCUGUAGCUGCUAGCAAACCGCGGGCCACAGUACCUCCAGACAGCGUCCCCAGAACCCCCGAAGAGCUGCAAUUAUUCAAAAGCCUGUACGAACAUUACUGGAACCGCGCUGUUCAGGAACGAGAGGCCCUUUACGGACAUCAUUUAACCAUGCUCCAAGAUCGUCACUCCAAGCCCCAAAACUGGUACCAGUGUCCUGUCAUGUACCUGCCAGUUUCACAAGUGUCUGAUGAUUUCACGGGACGAUCUACAAACUCUUUACCCCCUAUGUAGUUCGCCCAAAUGGGAACAUACAAUGUCUGAUUGAUGUCAUGUGUUAGGGUUUUUUGUGAUAGCUACGACUGGGCAGUUAAUCCUGCAUCAUUCAUUUUGUAGAUUCAAUCAGAGUUAAUAUGCAGAAAUAACAUUGUACCUCAGAACACUGUUACCAAUGUUUUGCCAAAAUUUUAGCUUUGUGUUUCACUGACUGGGGGGUAUGAUGUUUGACACGAAAAGAAAUUGGAAUUUUCAGAGUAUUGAAAUGGCUAUCUUGAAUCAAGACUAGCUCUUGAGCUGAAUGGCUUUGUUAUCAGGUUUUGCAGAUCUUUUGUUUUUGUCUUUUUAUACGAAAAGUUCAGAACUGAAUAUUGCUGCCUUGAAAAUGCUUUUAGUGAACAGCCACACAUGUCUCCGAAAAGACUGUCUAACACAACACGUGUGUACUUGGCAGCAAAGUAGCGAUCUUCGUGAAAAACGCUCUCUCGACGUUUAAAGGUGCCUCAAUUUCUGUGCUGAAAUGUCGAUCUUAAGUUGGGCUUCUCUUCAAUACAGACAGAUGUGUGUCGUCUGUGACGCUGUGGUUUAAGGUUUAUCUAUUAAUUUGUUAGCUGGAGUACAACAGCCAUAGCUUCUGAAUUUUUGAUACCAAUCGGCCGUCACAAUUUUUGCACAAAUGCAAUUACGAAAGUGCACUGUAUAUGUAUACUUUUAAUUGGCAUUUAUGAAUACGGUACUAUGACUUCAAUCGUUUCUGACUUUUGACCCUGAAAACAUUCAUUAAAAUAUUAUGAAAUUGUGAGGGAAGUCAACGGAAUUUAAGUUAAAGUAAAGAUAGAUUAUUUAAACAGAGAUUAACUGAUUGCCUUUCAAAGCGUAUUUUUUAUUUUUAUUGUUUAGGUAAUGAGAGUCACCAGGCGGCGCUGUUUCUCUCCAAUUUUAAAUUUUGCACUGUUUUCUAUGGGCGCGUAUAUAGUGUAGUGAAACUAUUAUAAUGGAGAUCAACCAGAUUGAAACCGGUAAAGACAAGAUGGCGGCACCCAUGUACAAGCCCAAAGGGGGCGCCCUGUUCGUUUUUCGUGCUUUUUUAUGUAAGGGCGGAGAAAUGAGCGUUUGUCUUAGGAAGUUGCAAAACAGUAAAGAUUACGGGACAAUAUCAAAAGAAUGUACACUGUGCCUCUCUGGAGAGGCAUAUUGACCAUUCUGUCCUAAUAACUGGAAAAGGACCUGAAAAUUCCCCAAUAAGCCAUUUGCAAGUUAAGGUUGAAUAAAUCUGGUACACUGAGUUUUCUGAUCGCACAUAAAUACAACAAUUUGAAUUCCCCAGACUAAAGACACUGUUGCUAUAACUCCUGAUUCGUGCAAGCUUUUGUUUAGCGACCGCCAUCUCCUGAAUGGACUUGUUCAUUUGUGUCCUCAUCCAUUGAGAACAGUUGCAAGCCGUCUCUUGUGUAACUAAGGAAAAGCUUGCCCCAAAUCACGAGUAUCGCAACA